AUGGGAGGUGAAGGACUGGGGCGUCGGGGCCCGGGGGAAGUUCCUGUAGACUAAAACAACCGUCCCUUCAGCCCUGCGCCCCCCCCCGUCCCCCCCCCCACCCCCCGCCUCCCCGGGGUCCUGCCCAACGGGGGAAACAAAAGGCAAGCGCAAACCCCUGCUACAAGGUAAAACCCACACCCAUUCCACUGCUUUUUUAUAAAAUUUCACAGAAUGCAACCCUAUAUUUUUUAAGAUAUGUAUUUGUGUAGUUCCAAAUAAUACCAGUAAAUUUGCCUCUAACGCUCUCCCUUGGGGUUGCGGGGGUUGGUGUGUGUGGGGUGUGGUGCCCCCCUGCCUGUCUGCCCCCAUGCCCCCCCAAGUUGUGUUUCCCAAAAGGGGUUUCCCUCGGGGCCCAAUGGACCAAAGCUGAUUCUGGCUUUUCAGGCCCCCCCCUAAACCUGUCAGGACACCAUGGAAGCCAACCUGUUUAGUGUUCCCGUGGCCCAGGGAGGAGAAAUUCAUACUGCCCGAUACUACACGAACCUUUGGGGGGGGGGGGACGGGGGCCCCAGACUUGGGUUUUUGGGGAGGGUUCCCCCCUUUUUUUUAAAAUUUUAAAAGGGGAGGGGUGGGGUUUUUAAAUUUAAAAGGGAAUGUGGUUGGGGAAUGAUAUUUUUAUGAUUAUUUAAAUUUUGGUUUGGUUUUUUAUAUUUUUCCUGUUAAAACCCAAAUGUGUAAUGGAAAAGUGGUUUUUUUUUCAUACCAAAUCCCCCUGAGAUACCCCCAGGGAGUGGGGGGCCCCGGGCCCGGGUCCCAUUGUACAGGCCCCCGGACAAUUUCGGGUUUAAAUGCCCGGCUCAAGGGCAAAACGGAAAAAUUUAUAUUAUUUUUUUUGGGGUUAUUUCCAAAAGAUGAUGGUUUUGAUGAUGAUGAAAGGUCCCCCCGGGGGUCCGAGGAACCCAAAGGCAGCCCCUUGGGGUUUUGGAUUGGAACUGAAACCCCAGGAACCCCCUUUGGAAAAACGGGAGCUGGAAGUGGAGCGACGGAGGCCGGGGAUUCCCCAGCAUCACCUUCCGGGCACCAGCCACAGAAUUUUUUAAAACCCUUCUAUGGAACUAAUUGAGCAGAAAAAACCAAAAAAAACUAUCUAUUAUUUCCCCACUAAAACCGAAAAAAAUUUACUGAUAGGUACAAAACCCACUGCAACAAAAACAGGGCCCCUUUUUGCAAACCCCUUUUACUUUUAGCUCAAAAAGCCCUUUUUUAUAUAGUCCUACUUUGUAGCUACUUUUUUUAACAUCUCAACCCAUUUCCUUUAUUUCAGUAAACCUUUUCCAAACCAAUUUUUGGGGGGUUACUACUUUCGACAAUUUCCCUUUAUUUUGGGGAGCAAAGAACCCGGGCACCCCUGGGGCCUGGUGGCCAUGCGCUUUGACUCUGAACUGGGCGGGGAUUGCAAAAAUCCCCAAAGGGAACAGAAAGACAACAGAACCACACAUGCCCCCAAAAAAAUCAAUCACCCCAAAACAGUGCUUUCUUUUUGUAUACAGACACAAUGGAGGCAAACUGAAAAAGGGCCCUUUUUUUUAUGGGGCCCGAAAAAAAUUUUAUUUUGAAAAUUCAAAUUUUGGGGUUAUGUAGUGCUUUAGCGAUUAAACGUAGAAAAAAAAACUCAGGUUUUUAAACAAAUAAUUGUCCCCACAUCCGGUUAAUUACUUGAAAUUUAAAUUUUGUUUUUUUUGGUUUUUUUUUGGGGAACCCCAAAGGCCAUUUUUUUCUAAAAGAAAACAAAUAAACAGGGGGAAAAUUACAACAAUAACUAUGGUUGGGGGUUUUUGGGGAAGGGAAAUUGUAGUUUUCAAAGCAAAUAUGUGACCGAUCGGUCGAUUUGGGGGCCCUUUUGUAAAAACAUUUUUAAAAUUGGGGGUUUUUUACAUUGGGGGUAAAAUAGAAAAAUCAGACUAGAAAAUUGUAUAUCAUACAAAAACAGUUUUUUAGGAACCAAAAGGGCAGUAAAAUUCUCUUGGAAUUGGGGUAAACUUGUUAACCCACCCCUUUUAGAAAAGGCCCUUGAAAUUUUUUUGGUACCCCCUCCGGGGGAGCUCUUUCUUUUUUCUACACCCCUUUAGCCAUCGUUCACCCCCAAAACCCCCCUUUAAGCCCUCACCCAUCUCUUUAAGGAUUCACAAAGUGAGGCCCUUUUGCUAAAUAAAAGGGGGAGACGGUAGUGUACCCAAACCCAAAAAAAAGAUUUCAAGACUUAAAGGGCGGGUUAUACUAAGUCAUCGAAAAGUUUUUGUAGACAGUUUCCGCAAGUGCCCAUUUUUUGAAAAAAUUUUUUUUUUUGUCUUCCCCACAUCAAAUUGGGGUUAAAGAAAAAAUAUAACACAAAAAAAGAAGGCUGCAUGCCCUCCGCCCUGGUGGUCCAAAAAAAGCAUAAAUGGUUUAUUUAAACCCCAAAAACCGCAUCCGGGGGGGGAAAAAACCCUAAAAGGGGAGGAGGGGGGAAGAAAGGUUUUUUUUUUUAAGGGGGGGGGUGGAAAAAGGAAAGGGAAAAAGGGGAAAAGGGGUUUUUUAAAAAAGGACAAAAGAGGAAGUAGGGAAGUUUCCAAAAUUUUUACAAGGGAAGGUAAAAAAAAGGGGGGAAAAUUUAAAAAAUUUUUUUUGAUAAUUUAAAAGGGGGGGGUAAAAAGGGGAUAAAAAAGGGUAUUUAAAAAAAUUUUUUUUAUUUGGCCAAAAAAAGGGGGGGGAAAUUUUUAAAAAAAAAAAAGGAAAGGAAAAAAAGGGGGGGGGGGGUUAAAAAAGAGGGGGGGGGAAAAAGGGUUUUUUUUAGGGGGGAAAAACCAAGGGGGGGGGGGGGAAAGGGGGGACCGGGAAAAUGAUUGGGGGAAACCGAUGGGGGGAUGGGGAAGGAAAUCCGCGUUGUUUGGGGAGAAAUAGGGGGGGUCAGGAAGGGAAAGGGGAGGUUUUGGGGGCGGGGGAGGGAGGGGGGGUGGCGAAAAAGAAAAAGGGAAAUAAGGAAAAAAAAGGGGGGGGAAAAAAAAAGGGGGGAAAAAGGGAAAGGAAAUUUAAAUGGGUUGCUUUGGUUUUUAGCUUUUUUUUGCCCCUUUUUUUUUUGAUGCCCUUUGUGUUGGAUAAAUUUUUGGUUUUGGAAAAACCCCCCCCCCCUCCCCCGCCUUUUUCCCUUCCUUCAAAUUUUUUCUAAAAAAAAUUUUUUUUUUGUUUUGUUUUUUUUGGAGUUUUUACUUUUUUCCCCCCUUUUUUUUUUAAGUUGUGGGUAGCCAGUUUCCUUUUAAUUUCCCUUAAUUUUUUAAAUUUUUUUCUGGGGAAACGUUUUAAAUUUGGGGCAAAAUUUUUUUAUUUUUACAGAAAAUAAACUCACCCCCAAAAAUUUAAAAAAUUUAAAUUAAAAGGAAAUAAAAAAAAACAAAAAUAAAAUUUUCGGUUUUUUGAGGUGAAGAAAUAAAAAAAGGGUUUCCCGGGGGUUUUUUGAGAAAAAAAAAUUAAAAAAAUUUUCCUAAAUUUAAUUAACCUUUCCCCAAUUUUACCCUUUUGCUUUUAAGGGGGUUUUUCCCCCAAAUUUUUGUCUCUGGUUACCACCACUUUUAUCAAAUAUAAUCUACGUUUUAUUGUCACAUGCACAGGAUACAGAAAGGGUAAAUGGUACAGUGAAAUGGUUUACUUGCAUAGUGGAGUCUUUUGUUUAGACAUCUAGCUAGCUAUUUAAACAAUGAACCAUAAUCCCAACUCAUAAUGUUACUACCCUGCAUGAAUCUGCAGGUAGCUAAUGCUAACCAGCUAGGUUCAAUGUUAGCUAGCUAGCUAACAUUAGGCUAUAACUAGCAAUGCAAAUGGCUCUGAGAUACGAAUAAUAUUACUACACAGAUCAUACAUGUAACGUUAGCUAACGAGCCAUCCAGCUAACAUUAGCUAGCUAGCUAACAGUACACUUUAACUUGCUAUGAAAACGACUUUCUGACAGAAACGCAUAAUAUCUGAAAAUGUAGCUAGCUAGACUCCCUUACCCAUAUAUAUGGAUGAACGCUUCUCCCUCUCUGCCACGGAUGCCAUGGUUGCCCUUAGUUUGAAGAUGUAAUCCGGAGACAGGUGUUUUUUACAACAGCCUUCUGUGUGUUCUCUUUUCGACACCCUCUGCAUAUUUGCAAUCAAACGCCAGAAUGUUCUUCAUCUCCUUAGCUAUCAUACUCUGCUUCCACCGGACAUUCCUCUGAUUUCAAGACUCGGCCUCCUGAAAGUGGAGAGCAUUAGCAACACUUUUGCAGCUCUUCGUGAUAUCUUUAAAAAAAAGCCGCGUUAGAAAGGAUUACCUACACAUACUGAGCAGCUCAUGUUAUAGACAGAAGCUUGCUACAUGGCAGACCAAUCCGAACUCAUCUCUCGGCAUGUCCAGCCCAUCCAUUAUCUCAGCCAAUCAUGGCUAGCGGGAAGGUUCCUGUCUUUUUCCAUGGCUAAAGCAACUAGGCUCGUAAUUUAACAAUUGUAUUCAUAUUUACAGAUGGCAUGCAAGUUUGUUAUUAAGUCAUAUGAAGUUUCAGAUGUUCCAGAAGGCAUUUCUGCCAAAAAACUCAUUUUGAUAAAAACAUUUAUGUUUACAUUCAAAUGCCUUCAAAUAAAUUAGUGACACGCGACAUAUGCCUAGUUUCCUGAAACGAGCCACAUAUUCAACCUAAUUCAGCGCAAAAAAUGUGUAAUUAACUACAAUGACCAUAAUCAAUUGCACCAUUUUUUUCAGGCUCAGAUAGAGACAGGUCAGAGAGGAAGAGGCAAAGCGAGAGGUUUCAGUCUCGACAAAAUCGGUCCAAAAUAAGCUCAAAAUAAACCCAAUGCGUUUCUAUGGGCUUAUUUUGGACCUAAGCUUGUCGCCUGCCUUCCCGCCUUUGGGACAACGACUCCCAUUAUUAGGGCGGAGACAUAAGCAUCACUUCAUUAUAUACAGAUCUCUGGACGGAUACACUUUUACGCCUGCUACGUUAGGUUGGAUACACACAGACUGCAUAGACCUCAUGAGAGAGGAAUGUACACAACACAACAACAGGAGGGACAGAAACAGUUUGUGAAGUAUGCCUUAUCUACUUUGAACAACUAGUAAAAUGAUUUUGUCAGACAGCUCUGCAAUAUACUUAGGCAGGCUAGCCUAGAUAAAUAGGAUGACUAAAGACAGUACAGUAUGGGAAAUAAUAAAGUCAUUAAUUAAGUAAUAUACACACCUGAAAUAUUGUAUUAUUUCAUAGUCAUUUCAUUUUUCUGUUGAUGUCUACCCAAUGUGUACCUGACAGAGACAAUGGAAUAUUUUCAAUGUUUUGGCAAUUGAAUGUUCACUAUUUUUGGUUUUGGAAUUUCCAUUAAAAAGCUCUAUCAUUGUAGUUAUUUCAUAAUGCUUUUUCUGUUGAAAAGAAUAAUCGACCCGAAACCGAACCGACCUCAAAAAGCACUAAUCACUCAGCACUAGGGUUAUGAAUUUGUUAUGAAUUAUGAAUUCAGACCACUUUGGUGUUUUGUGUUUUCAGGAAAAGUUGAUAAGGAUCCAAACCCCACUGAAGGUAAACCACACUCCUCUCAUUGUCUCUGUUAUUUGUAUAGUCUCCCAUCAUAACCCAACUAGCACCUUCUCCUUCUUUGCUUCCCCUCGUUCUCCUCCCCCCAGCCCCCACUCGCAGUGAGUGGGUGGGCUUCCAGGAGGCAGAGUAUAAGUUCUUUGACCUCCGGUCUACGUGGGACCAAGCCCAGAGGAUCUGUUCCUGGCUCAAUGCUUCUCUGGCUUCCAUCCACUCUUCUGCAGAGGAGGUUUUCCUGGCCAACACACUGCACAAGGUGCCCCACAUAACCUUUAUAACCCUUUAUUUAAAAACAACUUUAUAACCCUUUUAUAACUGCUUCAUGUUCAUGAAGAACAUGACAGAAUUAAACAUCCACAUGGGCACUUUCAUAACUCUACAAAAGGUACCAACCAUCAACCACCACAUGGAUGGACAUGUGCUGUUUUAUCCAAGCCAAUAGUCUGUGCUGUACUGUACAUCACUGCAUGUCACUGGAGGUCAUGUGUGUUUUCUCUCUCACCUGCAGAUGACCAAGGUAGAGGGGGACCACUGGUGGGUGGGGCUUCAUACGUAUGAGAACGAUGGCCGUUUCCGCUGGUCAGACCACUCUGUGCUCAACUAUGUGUCCUGGGCUUUCGGCAGGCCACACCCACUCAGCCGUGACCGCAAAUGUGUCCACAUGUCAGUCAGCAAAGGUGAGGAUUCUGGGAUGCUGUACAGUUUGUCUCGUAAAUAGCAUAUUUUGUGUGUUUUUUUUUAAACAACAUUUCAUCUUUCAUUCUAAAACGUUCUACAGCGGAGUGGGCAGAUCAGAAAUGCCACUCAGACCUGCCCUACAUCUGUAAGAGAGUGAAUGUCACAGGCACCAUCCCACCCACACCCUCCACCACCCUGCCCCCCGCGGGUUGCCCCGAUGGCUGGGCCCAUUUCCUGCACAUGGUAGGGCUCCUGGGUUAUGUAGUUCAUACUGUACUGAUAAAGAUGUGAAAGUUAUAUGAAUGUGACAUAACUGUGAUAUGUUAUGAUUUGAUCUUCCAUUUUAGCCACUCAGUUGUGAUCAGAUCUCACGUUAGAUCUCAAACUGACCUCUCACCUGAGGGUACUGGUUUCUCCUGGGUUAUGUUAAGUGUGAGAGCAUGAUUGUCCUUCCUGACCUGACCUCUCACCUUCCUGUUUGUGUGUGUGUAGUGUUAUAAGGUGUUUGGUCAUGAGCAGACCCGGAGGGCCACAUGGUCAGGAGCCAGGCUCAUGUGUGAGUCACAGGGAGGAGCCUUGGCUGUGGUGCCCAAUCACGUAGAGCAAGGUAGUUUUAUUCUCAACUGACGCACAAACAAACACACGCACGGUUUCACACACACACACAAGGGCACACACACACAUACACCAUCAAAACAUCAGUGGUUCCCAAACUGUCGGGUGAGAUGAACAUACGCAAUAACGUACUUUUUAAGGAACUCAGUCAGGCUUUCAACUUCUUCUUGAAAGUUGUAAUAGUAGAAUGCAUUAAUUUUCGAAAUUGGGUAGUGCAUCAUCAGUUUUGCUCUUGUCAUGUCAGUCAUUGCAGACCUUAGAGAGCUUUUUAUAACUUGUCAGACAUGUCCAGUUCCCCAAUGAUGAAAGGGGGGCAUGAGUGAAAAAGUUUGGGAAGCACUGAAUAACAUCAUGCAUGCUGUCUCCCACAGCCUUUGUCACCACUCUGCUGUCCAACGUGAGUUUUGACCUGUGGGUGGGGCUGACGUCUGACUCUAAAGGCCACUUCCAGUGGGCUCAUCCUGGACUCCUCAGCUACACCAACUGGGCCUCUGGAGAACCCCUGGACAACAGUGGACCACUCCACAACAAGACUCCGGUACAUACCACCCUGGUCUCAUCUGUUUCUGUAUUAAUCCAGUCUUGCAUCCCAAAUGGAACCCUAUUCCCUACAUAGUGCACUACUUUAGAACCAGUUCACUAGUCGAAAGUAGUGCACUAUAUAUGGAAUAUGGUGCCAUUUGGGACACACACUUGGUCUGUGGUCCAGUCUUUGUCAUGUCCAUUGUUGAUGACAUCAUUGACACCUGACAGGGUAACUGUGUGGUGAUGAUCCAUGGGAACCCAGCAAAGAAUACUGGCAUGUGGGCGUCCCGGGCCUGUGAGAUGGAGAAACAUGGCUACAUCUGCCAGAAGAAACAAGGUACAGUCACAACUCCAAACUGCACAGCUACUCGCAAUGCAACAGUGCAUAACAUAACUAACCAGUGAAUGGUGUAGUAGACAAGCAUUCCUGUGUGAAUCUGUUACAUGGUACUGUACCUACUGAAACACAUACCUGAUAUAUUAAACAGUUGUGUUUAUAUCAGUCAGCAGAAACAGUUUCCUUUAUAUGCUGAUAUAACUUUGUCUCCUUAGACCCAGCUCUGCCCUCUGGCCCUGCCCUCCUGCCAUCCUCCCUGUCGGGAGCCCUGGAGCUGGGUGGGGUGUCGUACCGCGUAGUGAAGAAGCGUCUGGACUGGACAGGGGCGCUGCAUGUGUGCGAGUCUCUGAACGGGACGUUGGCUUCAGUGAGAGACCCCUACCAACAGGCUUACCUCACCCUGCUGAUGAACAGCCUACACCUCCCAGCAUGGAUCGGCCUUUACAACUCUGGGGUGAGGCCCUGGACAUGACAAGCUAGGAGGAGUUAUGCACAUUUACGAGAUCUUUAUUGGUUUGUUUUGAUACAACAACAUGGUAAAAUGUAGGGUGAGAUAAUUGUAACACUACAAUAUUACAUUGAUAUAAUCAGAUCUUCAAAGAUUUAUUUAACUAGAUUGGCCAAUGAGGUAAGACUUGGAGUCAGAAUAUUAUGAUUAACUCCUCCUCUGUUCCACACUCAGGGGCGGAGCUUCAGCUGGUUGGGCGAGGAGGACCUGACUUACACUGCCUGGCGGGAUGGGGAGCCUAAUAAACUGUCUGGAUGUGGUCACAUGACCACGGUGGGGCAGUGGACUAUGACCCCCUGUGACGCUAAACUGGAUGCUGCCAUCUGUCAGAUUAAUACAGGUGUGGGUGUGUGUGUGGGUGUGUGUGUGUGUGUGUGUGUGUGUGUGUGUGUAUUUGUGCAUCCGUGUAUGUGUGCAUGUUUGUGUGUGUGUGUUUUAUCAAUAGGAUAAUGCAGUAUAUGUGUAAGCCCUGUCCUGCUCUCUCUCUCUCUAUCUCUCUCCACCAGAGGAGGCUGUGGUGCACCAGUGGAGUUACCCAGGACAGUGCCCUCACUCUCUGGGCGACUGGGCCUGGGUGCCCUUCAGGAACCACUGCUACUCCUUCAACCUGCAGAACCUACGGCUGCAGACCGACGCCCACUCCUCCUGCAGGAAGGGUAAGGAGGACACUCUGUCACCUGCCAAUCACACAGUCCAGACAUGCCCUUAGUCAGCCAGACACUCCUUAGUCUCUAUACAUGACACUAUACAUGCACAUCGUGUGUGUCCCAAAUGGCACCCUAUUCCCUAUGUAGUACACUACUUUUGAUCAGAGCCCUAUAGAGAAUAGGAUGCCAUUUGGGACGCACAACAGUGGAUUCGGUUAGCUUUUAACAGCUAGGACCGCUAUUUCUUGUCCCGGAAUCCCGCUUAACUGCUUGAAAGAGCCGCUAACCUAGCUAAGUUGCUAGCCAUCAAGCUAACAAAGUUAGUUCCAGAUGAGUUUUCCAAUGGAGCCAUCUUUGUCUGGAGAAGUAAAUGAACGGUUCAAGCGCUGUAGGAGCUGUAUCUACUACGCUUUGUUUCGGGACAAACUGGAUCACUCAGAGUUCCAAUGUGGCUAUUGUUUGCUUGCCGAGGAUUAUAGGCUUGAGGUGGCUUCCUUGAUCACGCAGGUCGCCAACCUACGUAAGAAACUGGGGGAAACGCAGAGUGGAAUGUUUACCUUUUCUACGCCGGUGGCUGGACAGCGUUCACACUUGUUGGAUGCAUCUCCGCCUUGUCGUUUGUCGUUAUUCGACUGGCCGGUGUUGCCCGGAGUUCGUUUGCCAGGGGAGCCAUCUCCUGCCUCUCCUCCCCCAUCUGAUAGCGGAGUCGAAGGAGCACAGCAAGAGGAGCAUGGCAAUCAACGAUGGUCGCAUGUCACGAGCCAUGGAAGCCAAAGACAGCGGCCUCCCGCAAAGCAGUCUAUACUCCCAAUGAGAGGCCCGGAGCGGAUACAAACAACAAAUAGUUUCGCCGCCCUGGAGCCUGAUCUUCCUGCACCUUCGUCGCUAGGGGUACCUGUGUGUGCGGCCGCUGUGCCUACUCCUACUCCUUCCCUCAAGAAAAAGCUUCAAACUGUAACCAGUGCCUGCAACCUGGUUCAGGUUAUCAGUCAACCUACCAGGGUAGUUACAAACAACACAGGAAUGAAAUCAUCAACAUAUAUUGAUCACAUCUUUACUAAUGCUGCAGAAGUGUGCUUGAAAGCAGUAUCCAGAUCCAGCGGAUGUAGUGAUCACAAUAUAGUAGCCAUAUCUAGGAAAACCAAAGUUCCAAAGGCUGGGCCUAAUAUAGUGUAUAAGAGGUCAAACAAUACGUUUUGUAGUGACUCCUAUGUUGUUGAUGUAAUGAAUAUUUGUUGGUCCGUGGUGUGUAAUGAGGAGCAAACAGACGUUGCAUUUGACACAUUUAUGAAAUUGAUUAUCCCAGUUACUAAUAAGCUUGCACCCAUUAAGAAAAUGACUGUAAAAACUGUUAAAUCCCUGUGGAUUGAUGAGGAAUUGAAAAAUUGUAUGGUUGAGAGGGAUGAGGCAAAAGGAAUGUCAAAUAAGUCAGGCUGCACAACCGAUUGGCAAACGUACUGCAAAUUGAGAAAUCAUGUGACUAAACUGAAUAAAAAGAAGAAGAAACUACACAAUAAAACAAAGAUAAAUGAUACAAAAAGAAUGAUAGUAAAAAGCUAUGGAGCACCUUCAAUGACAUUUUGGGAAAAAAGGCAAACUCAGCUCCAUCAUUCAUUGAAUCAGAUGUCUCAUUCAUCACAAAACCGACUGAUAUUGCCAACUACUUUAAUGAUUUUUUCAUUGGCAAGAUUAGAAAAUGUAGGCAUGACAUGCCAGCAACAAACACUAACACUACACAUCCAAGUAUAUCUGACCAAAUUAUGAAAGACAAGAAUUGUAAUUUUGAAUUCUGUAAAGUGAGUGUGGAAGAGGUGUCUAUCAACAAUGACAAGCCACCAGGGUCUGACAACUUGGAUGGAAAAUUACUGAGGAAAAUAGUGGACGAUAUUGCCACUCCUAUUUGCCAUAUCUUCAAUGUAAGCCUAAUAGAAAGUGUGUGCCCUCAGGCCUAGAGGGAAGCAAAAGUCAUUCCAAUCAGCCUGUUACCAACCCUUAGUCAAGUUUAGGAAGAAAUGGUGUUUGACCAGAUACAAUGCUAUUUUACAGUAAACAAAUUGACAACGUUCUUUCAGCACGCUUAUAGGGAAGGACAUUCAACAAGCACAGCACUUACACAAAUGACUGAUGAUUGGCUGAGAGAAAUUAAUGAUAAAAACAUUGUGGGGGCUGUUUUGUUAGACUUCAGUGUGGCUUUUGACAUUAUCGAUCAUAGUCUGCUGCUGGAAAAACAUAUGUGUUAUGGCUUUACAUCCCCUGCUAUAUUGUGGAUAAAGAGUUACCUGUCUAACAGAACACAGAGGGUGUUAUUUAAUGGAAGCCUCUCCAACAUAAUCCAGGUAGAAUCAGGAAUUCCCCAGGGCAGCUGUCUAGGCCCCUUACUUUUUUCAAUCUUUACUAACGACAUGCCACUGGCUUUGAGUAAAGCCAGUGUGUCUAUGUAUGCGGAUGACUCAACACUAUACACGUCAGCUAUUACAGCGACUGAAAUGACUGCAACAAUUAACAAUGUGCUGUAGUUAGUUUCAGAAUGGGUGGCAAGGAAUAAGUUAGUCCUAAAUAUUUCUAAAACUGAAAGCAUUGAAUUUGGGACAAAUCAUUCACUAAACCCUAAACCUCAACUAUAUCUUGUAAUAAAUAAUGUGGAAAUUGAGCAAGUUGAGGUGACUAAACUGCUGGGAGUAACCAUGGAUUGUAAACUGUCAUGGUCGAAAUAUAUUGAUACAACAGUAGCUAAUAUGGAGAGAAGUGUCACGAUCGUCUAAUGAGGGAGACCAAAGCGCAGCGCGUUGAGCGAACAUGACUUUAUUAAAUUAAAGUACUCACUACAAAAACAACAAACAAUGACGAAUCGUGAAGUCCUCAGUUACAAUGACUGACAAGGAACAAAAACCCACAACACUAAGGUGAACACUGACAGUUUAAAUAUGGCUCCCAAUCAGAGAUAACGAGCCGACAGCUGACACUCGUUACCACUGAUUGGGAGUCACACGACCAAACAAGGAAACCCAACCAAAUACAACACACCCAAUACCAAACACAACCAAAUGAACACACCCUGGCUCAAAAUACACAGUCCCGGAGCCAGAGCGUGACAGUACCCCCCCCUAAAGGCGCGGACUCCGACCGCGCCUACACCCCAAAUAGGGAAGGGCUGGGUGGGUAUUGCUCCUCGGAGGCGGCUCCGGCUCCGGGCUUGACCACCACCCUACUACAAUCCCCCCGUAGUGCCCCCAGUCCGAUCUGACCCAGUUAGCUGGAUCAGGACUGCCGACGCGCACCCCUGGCUUGGCGCGUGAGGCAGGAAUGGACCGGACCUGGCAGACGAUACGCACCCUUUGCAUGGUGCGUGGAGCCGGAACAGGCCUCACCAGGCUGAAGACUCGCAUCCCUGGCUUGGUGCGAGUAGCAGGAAUGGGCUGAAUCCGGCUGACGACUCGCACCCUUGGCUUGGUGCGAGUAGCAGGAAUGGGCUGAAUCCGGCUGACGACUCGCACCCUUGGCUUGGUGCGAGUAGCAGGAAUGGGCUGAAUCCGGCUGACGACUCGCACCCUUGACUUGGUGCGAGUGGCAGGAACAGGCAGAAUCCGGCUGACGACUCGCACCCCUGGUUUGGUGCGAGUGGCAGGAACAGGCCGGACAGGGCUGACGAAACGCACCAUAGACUUGGUGCGGAGAGCAGGCACGGGUCUGACAGGGCUGGCGACGCGCACCACAGACUUGGCGCGGAGAGCAGGAACGGGCCGGACAGGGCUGAUGACGCACACCACUGGCUUGGUGCGGGGAGCUUGGAUGGGCCGGACUGUACUGGGGACACACACCACUGGCCCUACACCGGGAUCUGGAACGGGCCGGACCGGACUGGCAACACACGCCAGUACCUCUCGCCGUGCCUCUACUUCCUCCAUCCCCUCUUCGACCAGUGGCCCCCGUAACCCGACGGCCUCCUCCGGCAACCCACUGGACCGCUCUAUCGCGGCCUCCUGCUGGUCCGACGUCGUGAGCCCCCCCCUAAAAAUUUUCUGGGGUUCUCUCCUCUUCGUGGACCAGGCCUCCAUCGUUCUCGCCAGACUAUCACCCCACUGCUCCAAAGUCCAACCUCUCUCCUCUUCUCUUGGCUUGGCCCAGUCGAGACUCCUACUCAACUGCUCCCAAGUCCAUCCUCUCUCUUCUUCAUGCUGCUUGAUCUGGUUAAGGUGGGUUUUUCUGUCACGAUCGUCUAAUGAGGGAGACCAAAGCGCAGCGCGUUGAGCGAACAUGACUUUAUUAAAUUAAAGUACUCACUACAAAAACAACAAACAAUGACAAAUCGUGAAGUCCUCAGUUACAAUGACUGACAAGGAACAAAAACCCACAACACUAAGGUGAACACUGACAGUUUAAAUAUGGCUCCCAAUCAGAGAUAACGAGCCGACAGCUGACACUCGUUACCACUGAUUGGGAGUCACACGACCAAACAAGGAAACCCAACCAAAUACAACACACCCAAUACCAAACACAACCAAAUGAACACACCCUGGCUCAAAAUACACAGUCCCGGAGCCAGAGCGUGACAAGAAGUCUGUCCAUAAUAAAGCCCUGCUCUACCUUCUUAACAGCACUAUCAACAAGGCAGGUCCUACAGGCUCUAGUUUUGUCGCACCUGGACUACUGUUCAGUCGUGUGGUCAGGUGCCACAAAGAGGGACUUGGGAAAAUUGCAAUUGGCUCAGAACAGGGCAGCACGGCUGGCCCUUGGACGUACACAGAGAGCAAACAUUAAUAAUAUGCAUGUCAAUCUCUCCUGGCUCAAAGUGGAGGAGAGAUUGACUUCAUCACUACUUGUAUUUGUGAGAGGUACUGACAUGUUGAAUGCACCGAGCUGUCUAUUUAAACGACUAGCACAGAGCUCAGACAACCAUGCAUACCCCACAAGACAUGCCACCAGAGGUCUCUUCACAGUCCCCAAGUCCAGAACAGACUAUAGGAGGCACACAGUACUACGUAGAGCUAUGACCAAAUGGAACUCUAUUCCACAUCAGGUAACUGAUGCAAGCAGUAGAAUCAGAUUUAAAAAACAGAUACAAAUGCACCUUAUGGAACAGCGAGGACUGUGAAACAACACACACAUAGGCACAGACACAUGCUACACACACGAUAACAUAUGCACUAUACACACACGUACACAUGGAUUUUGUGUUGUAGAUAUGUGGUAGUGGAGUAGGGGCCUGAGGGCACACACUUAGUGUGUUGUAAAAUUUGUUAUGAAUAUAUUGUAAUGUUUUUAAAAUUGUAUAACUGCCUUAAUUUUGCUGGACCCCAGGAAGAGUAGCUUCCUCUCUCCACUCAAUCGCUGUUGUCAUGGAGAGAGCUUUCAGCGCUCAGCACUGACAUCAUGACCAAAUAUGUCAAUAAGUCUAAAUUAGCUGUGAUUCAUUGAGCUUUUAUUGAAAUGCACUCGCUUUAUUAUCUCCUGAUUUCUCGCUUUCAUUUUCCUUCAUCAUCCCUUCUCCUGUCACACUACCAUUGUCUGUCUAAACUUAUUCAUGAGCUUUAUUAGUCAAUAUGGUUAUAUGACCUAUUCUCUUCAUUUCUCUCUCAUCUCCUUCUCUGUUUCACACCUCCCUCGUCUGUAACUCUCUCUGACCACUAUUCUCAAUGUAUCUACCUCCUCCUAUCUCUCUCUCUCCUCUUCUCUCUCUUCGAGUAUCUCUCAAUUCCUCUCUCUCUCUCUCUCUCGUCUAGCUCUCUCUCUCUCUCUCUCUCUCUCUCUCUCUCUCUCUCUCUCUCUCUCUCUCUCUCUCUCUCUCUCUAUCUAUGCCCCCCUCUCUCCCCCCCCAGUGGGUGCCCAGCUGCUGUCGGUCCUGGAUGAAACAGAGAAUGGCUUUGUAUGGGAGCACAUCCAGAGCUACCAGGAGCAGGCCCACGGAGCCUGGCUGGGUAUGACCUUUAACUCCAAAGGUAAGGAACUCCUCAGGUAGUACACAGUGAAAGUAUACACAGAUGAUUCUUACUGUUAAAAACAUGUAAAGAUCAUGUACUGUAAGGUCAUAUAAUCUAAUGUGUUAUGUAAGAAGAGUCAAAUAUCAGAGUGACAUAUGCUAGUCAUAUACUCAUUCAUAUAUUAACAUACAUUAUUUGUACCCACCUUUUUGCAAUAGGGUAUUCCAGGGCUAUUUCAAGGUAUUCUUCAGACAGGCAUGGCCAUACUGUGUGAACAUCAGUGUGUGUUUGUGUGUGUGUUGUUCCUGGUGUUGUCCUGCAGGGAGCAGUCUGAUGUGGUCUGAGAGUGCAGAGGUGAAGUUCACUAACUGGGAGGUGCAGGGCACCAACCUGAGCAUGCUGUUUCCCAACACCUGCUUCUGGAUCCAGAGCAACACUGGCCUGUGGAAACCAGGCUCCUGCAAGAACCGCACGCACGGAGUCAUCUGCAAACGGCCACGCAGUAAGGAAGGCCUCACACUGUAGCACAGACAAAUAACAAUAUGGACAAUGUCCUACAUGUACAUAGUGUCAAAGUCGCGUCAAUUCAAAUCUGGUAUUAGGAACAAAAGAGGUCAACACGACUUCUAAGAUAUACUAGUUAUUUUAAUUAAUGCAAAAACCUUCAAUGGUAAAUAUGAUGUUUCGUAUAUAUGGGCUCUCUGAAACACCUCGCAGGGCACUUCAGAGAACUAACCCAUUGUUCUGGGUUCUUGCUCAAAUACUCUGACAGAGGGAGUUUCCCACCUCUCUGCUGACCAAUUAGAGUAGAGACUUGAGCGUGGUUUAGACUUACUCAGUCAAUCCGUUGAUGCAUCUCUGUUACCAGGCAUAUGUCCAUAUCAUAACAACCUGUCAUAGUAAGAAGAGCCAGCUCCCUUAGACACCAUUCCUACGUCCAAGGAAGGUUCACAGAUCACAAAGAACCAGUAUAUUCCAGCAUCUGGAGACACAAAUCCCUAUCUCCCUUUACCCCCUAAAACAGCUCUUCACAUCAAUCACAGCCUGCCAGGUGUCACAACCUACAUUAGCCCAGUCAAGAAUGCAUUCUUUCUAAGUUAGUCAUCCCAUCAAUUAUAAACAUAAUAAAUCUCUCACAAUAGUGAUAGCAAAGAUGUAUGACCACUUACUGUGCUUCAUUUAAAACUGCCAACAGCAAUCUCUGAACUGACAACACAACUCAAAUGUUAUCUUUUUCGUUGCAGGUGCUGAGGCUUCGGCAGUAGUCUGUAAGUAUGGAUAGGAUAUCCUAUGUUGUUUGUUCAAGUCAUGAAAUGUUAGAUUUGUUUAAAUCUGUAAUGCUAAUCUGUAAAAAAAAAUAGUCCUUCUCUCUCUCCCCCUCUCUCCCUGUCUGUUUCAGCUGAAGAGGACCACCUGCCCACACUGAUCGUGAUCAUGGUGACAGGCCUGGUGUUGGUGAUCCUCAUCGUGGGCAUGAUCUACCUGUACCGCCGGCGCCAGGCGGGCUCCCUGGGCUCUUACGAGGGGGCGCGCUACAGCCGCACCAACUCCAACCCCUCCGAACAGGCCGAGAAGAACAUCCUGGUGUCUGACAUGGAGCUCAACGAGCAGCCGGUGUAG